CUUCAUUCCGUGAUACUCCUUCCUUUUCCCCGGCCUUCCCCCCGCAGUUCAACUGCAUCUCGGUCUGCAUAACCCCGACACGCCGCCUCUUGCAGGCAAGUGACGAUAUACUAUGAUUCCUGAUAAAAGCCGCUGGGCUUCAGUACCAUGUCUCUACCGCACUGUCGCUGACUACGGUCAGUUAAAAUCCAGCCAUGAAGUUACUCCGUUUAAUUGGCUUAGUGUUGUCUAUCUCCGGUUCCCUCGCAAGGGUUGCAAGUUACAGCGACCCCCUCGUCAAUCUCGACUAUGGCUCUUUCCAAGGCAAGUACGACGAGACAUACAACCUCACAUAUUUCCGCAAAAUUCCCUUCGCCGCACCACCAACUGGCGAGAACCGCUUUCGCGCUCCGCAGCCACCUCUCAGAAUCGCCGAUGGCGUCUACGACACGGACCAGGACUUUGACAUGUGUCCGCAGCGAACGGUCAACGGAUCUGAAGACUGCCUUUACCUAGGUCUCUUUUCGCGGCCCUGGAUCGCAGACACAGAUACGAAAACAGAUGUCACCUCGGAGACCGCAUCACGCAGUCGCGAUAGCAAUCUGCGCCCCGUCCUCGUGGUCUUAUACGGCGGCGCCUUCAUCCAAGGCGGCGCCUCAUUCACCCUCCCGCCCUCCUCCUUCCCAAUUCUAAAUGCCACAACACUCAACGACUACAUUGUCAUCUACCCAAACUACCGCCUCAACGCCUUCGGCUUCCUCCCCGGGAAAGCAAUCAAGGAGUCACAAACCUCAGACCUCAACCCGGCCCUGCUGGACCAGGAGUACGUGCUGAAAUGGGUGCAGAAACACAUCAUGGCGUUUGGCGGGAAUCCGCGCAAUGUCACGAUCUGGGGCCAGUCCGCGGGAGGCGGGUCGGUUGUUGCGCAGGUGCUUGCGAACGGGCGGCGGGGGGAGAAGAGGUUGUUUAGUAAGGCGCUUGCAAGCUCGCCGUUUUGGCCGAAGACGUAUAGGUAUGAUGCCGAUGAAGCGGAGGCAAUCUACGAGCAGAUGGUGAAUCUCACGGGGUGUACCCACGCGAGGGAUUCACUCAAGUGCUUGAAGAGUGUUGAUGUCCAGGUGAUCCGUGAUACGAAUCUGGUCAUCGCUGCCGAGAAUACGUGGACGACGAGCUCGUAUACCUGGGCUCCUGUUGUUGAUGAUACGUUCCUGCUGCAGACCCUCACAGAUGCCGUGUCACGUGACAAGAUCGAGACGGAGGAUGUCUUCACAACAUACAACACGCACGAGGGUGAGAACUUUGUCCCGCCAGGGCUCAACUAUGCGGACUCCUCGGAGGCGUCAGAUGGAUUCAAUUCCUCCACAGCGAGCUUUCAUGACUGGUUAACCGGGUUCUUACCGGGGUUAUCGCCACGAGAGAUCAGGCUACUGGAGAACAAGUACUACCCCGAGGCCGGAUCAACGGAAACACUCGAUGCGUAUAACUCGACACUUGUCCGCGCAGGUCUCGUGUAUAGGGAUGUCGUGCUCGCCUGUCCGGCAUAUUGGCUUUCUUCCGCGGCGACAAAGAAGGGGUAUCUUGCAGAGUACACGAUUGACCCUGCGAAACAUGCUAGUGAUACGAUUUACUGGAACCGCAUCAACUCCGUCCAGCAAACCAAUCCCCUCGUGUACAAGGGUUACGCCGGCGCAAUGGGUAGUUUCUUCCAGACUGGGGAUCCAAACGCACAUAAGCUGACAAGCGACGAUGUGGUUGGAGUGCCGGAGCUGAAGAGGAGUGGUGAGGAGUUCGUGAUUAGGGAGGAUGGCUUUGAGAACGUUGAGGUUGAUCUUCUGCGGGAGAGGUGUGGGUUCCUGCGGAAGGUUGGAAAGAGGGUUCCUGUUUGAUGAGCUUGGUACAGUGUGCAUGGUCUCGUAGAGGAACAAAUGUUGAUCUCCGGGAUAGUCAUUGAAAUAUGGCCUUUACAUUUUAUCAUGUUGCCGGCCCAUGUCUGAGGACCCUAAACCAACUGUAGUUGUUAGCAGACUACUCCUCGCCCGCCCUAGGAUCGGUUUACGGACCUUUGCAUACCUAGCAUAUUAUAGUAGACUGGAAUUAUACCAUAUAUCAUUGGAGAUAUAGGGGACAGUGGUAUAUCAGUCAAUAAAUUCCAUUAUUAGGG